CUCACUCGGACAGGCAGGAAGAAUUUUGCGUCAUCACGGAUCGCCCAGAGGUCGCCACGUUGACAUCAGCUUCAUCAUCUGCGACAGGAAGAAGAGAAGAGAGAGAGAGAGACACACACACACCAUGGCCACUUCCUCCUCUGAGAGCAGGAGCUAUUCGCUCCAUGGACGCAAUCUCAAGCUGACGACGCGCCAAGAGGCGCAGCCGUACGUCGACGAGCUCGAGCAGGUGCAGGAUCUCGAGGAGAUUCACCUGGGCGGCAACACGCUGGGCAUCGAGGCGUGCCAGGCAUUUGGAGAGAUCCUGUCCAAGAAAAAGACGCUCAAGGUGGCCGACUUUGCCGACAUCUUUACGGGACGGCUGAUCAGCGAGAUUCCCACGGCGCUGCGGGCGCUCUGUGACAGCCUCGUCUCGCACGAGCACCUCGAGGAGAUUGACCUGUCGGACAAUGCCUUUGGCGGGCGGAGCUCGGAGCCGAUGGUGAACCUGCUGAGCAACAACCACGCCAUCUCCAUCGUCAAGCUCAACAACAACGGCCUCGGCCCCCAGGGCGGCACCAUUGUGGCCGACGCGCUCUUCGAUGCCGCUGAAAAGGUAAAGGCAAAAGGCGGCAGAUCGAACCUGCGCACGCUCGUCUGCUCGCGCAACCGGCUCGAAGACGGCAGCUCCAAGGCCUGGGCCAGGGCGUUUGCCGCUCACGGCACGCUGCAGGAGGUGCGCAUGUUCCAGAACGGUAUCCGCAUGGACGGCAUCGAGCGAAUCGUCCGCGACGGCCUGGCGCACUGUCCCGACCUGCGCGAGGUCAACUUCAACGACAACACGGCGUUGCUCAAGGGAGGCAAGGCACUGGCGGACCUGCUGCCCUCGUGGCCCAAGCUUCGCAUCCUCCAUCUCGGCGACUGCCUCGUCCGAUCCAAGGGUGCCGCCCUUGUGUUUGAAGCGCUCGCCAAGGGAAAGAAUACCGACCUGGAGGAGCUCCACCUCGCCUACAACGAAGUGGACCGUGCGGGCCUCGACAAGCUGGGCGCCCUGCUCGAAGAGGACAGGCUGCCGGCUAUCAAGCUGAUCGACAUCAAUGGCAACUUUGCCGAUGAGGAGGACGAGUGCGUGGAGAGGAUCAAGGCUGCGCUGGCCAAGACGGGCAAGGAGGAUGCCCUUGGUGAUCUCGACGAGAUGGAGCCCGAUGGCGAGGAAGAGGAAGAGGAGGAGGAGGACGAAACAGAGGAGGAGGAGGACGAGCAAGAGGCGCCGGAAGUGGAUCACAAGAUGGAGGAUGUUGCUGCUGCCGCAGUCGCCGUACCGGCGGCGACUGCUGCCGUGGUGGGAGCGGCCGCGGCAGGUGCUGUAUCCGAGAGCGGCCUCGAAGACAAGCUCGCCAAUCUUUCCGUCGUGGGCGGCAGCAACAGUGGCGCCAAGGGAGAGAAUGCUGAAGAAGGGGCCAACAAAGAGGGUGACAAGCAGUCUGGCACCAGCACGACGAGGGAAGAGGACAAGCAGAUGGCAGAAGACGCAGCAGACGUGGCUGAGUCGGCCCAGGAGGUGCCGGAGGAGAAGCAGGGCGCAGAGGUAGCGGCCGACGUCGCAGAGAGCGCACAAGAAGUGCCAGAGGAGAAGCAGGGUGCAGAUGUCGCAGCAGAGGUCGCAGAGAGCGCGCAAGAGGUGCCUGAGGAGAAGCAAGGGGCAGAGGUAGCGGCCGACGUUGCAGAGAGCGCCCAGGAGGUGCCCGAGGAGAAGGAGGGCGCGGAAGUGGCGGCCCCAGUCUCGCAGUCUGCUCAAGAGGUGCCGGAAGAGAAGGAGAUUACCGACAAGAACGAGGCUUCUGAAUCGGCUCCGCAGGAAUCAGCCGUUGCCGCUGGGGCUGCUGUUGCGGGUGCACUCGGUGUUGGUGCUCUUGCCGCAACGACAGCUAGCUCUGCUCCGGCUUCGAGAGAGGAAGCCACCGAGGCGGCGCUGCCCACCAGCUCUUCAAUCACAAAGGAUGCUCCAGAGUCCCAACCAGCGAAGGAGGAGGAGAAGGAGGAGGCAGCAGCCAUCGCUCCUGUUGCCACAGCCGUGCCAGUCGAAGCUGCGCUCGUCGCCGACACGCCCGCCGCGAUCGAAUCGACGACGACGACGGCCGCUUCGACCGAGGCAAAGGACAAGCAGAUUGACUCGCUGGCAGACCAGCUUCAGGAGGCAAGCCUGUCGGCACCGGAAAAGCAGCAGGUGGACGCAGAGAGCCCCGCGCCUGCCGCGUCUUCGGCUUCGACGGCUGCCUCUGCGCCUACAAGUGCUGCUGCUACUGCUGCUGCUGCUGCUACCACAACCACCCCCGCCGCCGCAUCGCAUGGACGUCGCGGCACUUCGAGGGCCACCCAAGGUUCCGUCGACCUCUCUGGCGAACUCUACGGCCAGGACGGCGGACGCAGUGCUGUGGCCGAGGCAUCAUCCACCAAUGGCCAGCCCGAGGCCGGCUCGUCGGCAAAAGAGCCAGAAGAGGAGCAGGUCCAGGAGACGCCAAAGAAGAAGCGAGGCUUCCGCGCAGCCAUGGGCGCCGUCCGUGAGCUGCUGAGGGGCUAAAGUGACAAUCUGUCCAAGAGGAGAGGGAAUGAAGAAGGUGUGGGAAGAAAGUGUAUACCUUAUCAACGAAAUCGUCGCAUUCUUUAGCAUGUCAUUAGAGAGAAAGGAUGAGAGACGAAUGAAAAAGGGGCAGGAGAAGCCACUUGUCGCUACGCUUAC